AUCAGACCUCUCCCUUGCAUCUGUGUCCUGUACAUGUCUCUUGCUCUUGGACAAUAAAAAUAUUUGUGCAUAGACUAUAAAUGCAUGGUAAUAAUAGUUACAUGCUUCUCAACUCUCAGCACUGCAUCAUCACCACAUCUCUCCUCUUCCGCUACCUCUCACAUAUAUGGCACAGCAUCACCCACAAGCUCGGGCUUGGGAGUCAGCCAUGCUUCUUCACCACCGUUAUUACCAUCAUCUCCACCACUCGGAGCAGGAGGAAGCCCCACAUGAGAGAGAACACAUGUUUGAGAAGCCCCUCACACCAAGCGACGUAGGGAAGCUCAAUAGGUUAGUCAUACCGAAGCAGCAUGCCGAGAGGUACUUCCCACUCGACGGCGGCUCGGCGGAGGGAGGCCUUCUGCUGAGCUUCGAGGACGAGUCAGGCAGGGUGUGGUGGUUCCGGUACUCGUACUGGACCAGCAGCCAGAGCUACGUGCUCACGAAAGGGUGGAGCCGCUUCGUCAAGGAGAAGAAGCUGGACGCCGGCGAUGUCGUCCUCUUCGAACGCCCGCGGUUCGGGGGGCGGGACCAUUUCUACAUCGGUUGCCGGCGUCAAAGCCCGCCGCCGGCUCACUCCAUGACCGUGCCCGACGGUCCAGAGCCGCUGAGCCCGGUGUACCACGCUGCUGCUUGCUCGUAUCCGGCGAGCAACACAGUAACACAAGACUGUCUUCUUCAUGAGGGAGAGCAGAGGAACGGAGCAACGCGGAGCGAGACGAGGCGAUUGAGACUCUUCGGCGUAAAUUUCGACUGCGGGCCGGAGCCGGAGCCACAGCCUAUGACCUCAGCCUCAUGGUUCUUGCCAGGAAACGCUUCCAGUUCUCAGCUAUAGGAGGUCCAUCCUCUCCUCUUCCGAAUGGCAUUGUUGAUUUGACUUGCGAGGGCACUGGGCACUGGUGGAGGUGGGCAGGUGGAAAGAGAAGCGUCGGAAAAGAGGAGGGGAGGGGAGAAGAAAUCCCUGGAUUUCCGGGCAUGCGAUCUCUGCGUCCCUUUUCAUUUUCUCUUCAACGAUUCCACUGUAGACGACCUGUCGGGUCCGAUGGAUGGGAUAUCUGGUGAUGUUUCAGGAAACAUCAGAUCCAAUUUGCCUUCCAUGUUUCUGAAGAAAGAAGAACAGAAUCUGAUGAGGCUUCCUGUACAUGUUGCAGUUCCACCUGCACUUUCUCUUUCUUUCCUGCAUGAAAUGAACAGGUGAUUGGUGAGCAUGGAACACCAUCAUCUUCAUUAAACACCACCAUGAAACUAUAUGGGAUUCUAGAAAUGAAAGAAAAGACACCUGUGGAUCUCCCUCUGCC